AUUUCUGCACCAUCAUCAUAAACACAAAUUCAAAGAGAAAAGCAAAAAUGUCAGGAAGAGGAAAGGGAGGCAAGGGAUUAGGAAAGGGAGGAGCAAAACGACACCGUAAGGUGCUAAGAGAUAACAUCCAAGGCAUCACCAAGCCGGCUAUUCGCCGGUUAGCCAGACGUGGCGGAGUGAAGCGUAUCAGCGGUUUGAUCUACGAGGAGACACGUGGCGUCCUGAAGAUAUUUCUGGAGAAUGUGAUUCGUGACGCUGUGACGUACACUGAGCAUGCGAGGAGGAAGACUGUUACGGCCAUGGAUGUCGUUUAUGCUUUGAAAAGACAGGGAAGGACUCUUUAUGGAUUUGGUGGUUGAAAUUAGGGUUAGGGUUUGUAAUUGGGAAUUAUGGUUUAGGUUAGUUGAUUUUAAAAUGUUUUUAUGUUGUGAUGUUGAUGAAUGAAAUAGAUUUGUCAUUAUUUUGCAUUAA